AUGAUGCCGGAAAACUACGGAGAGUAUCAGGCUGAGAUCUACGGCCAAGGCGCCUUGCUGGGCCAUAAACCGAAUGUCACUACCGACCCUCGGCUCCUCGAGGAGCAGGCGCGAAAGACACUGAGCAGUCGCUCUUACAACUAUGUCGCUGGAGGAGCUGGCGAGAAGUCUACGAUGGAUAGCAAUCGGUUGGCUUUUCGGCAAUGGAAGCUGGUCCCAAAGAUGUUGAGAAAGAUGGAUAAGCAGGACCUCGCGGUGAACAUCUUUGGGCAAGAUUACCCAACCCCUUUGGUCAUGGCACCGGUAGGUGUUCAGUCUCUGUUCCAUCCGGACAAAGAAACGGGUCUUGCAGAAGUGUGCACAGAGGUAGUGGUUCCGUAUACUCUUAGCACCGCGAGUUCUAGCUCGAUUGAAGAGGUCGCAAACGCAAGCGGAGACGGCAAAAGGUGGUUCCAGCUUUAUUGGCCAGGCGACAAUGACAUUACCCUGUCGUUGCUGAAACGCGCGAAAGAGAACGGUUUCUCCGUCCUGGUGAUUACGCUAGAUACCUGGUCCCUGGCAUGGCGACCGGCGGACUUGGAUAACGCUUAUAUUCCGUUCAUUCGCGGGGUCGGAAAUCAGGUUGGAUUCUCAGACCCAGUUUUUCGCGAGAAAUUCGAGAAAGACACUGGAUCGAAAGUUGAGGAUGAUAUUAUCGCAGCGUCCAGAGCAUGGAUUGGCAACGUUCUGUCUACAGCGCCACACACCUGGGAUCAAGUCUCCUUCUUACGGAAGAACUGGGAUGGACCUCUUGUUCUCAAAGGCAUUCAGCAUGUCGAUGAUGCGAGAUUUGCCGUCGAAGCUGGCUGCGAUGGGAUUGUUGUUUCCAACCACGGAGGUCGUCAACUCGACGGAGCCGUUGCCUCGUUGGAAGUUCUUCCCGAGAUAGUCGAUGCAGUCGGCGAUAAAUUGACGGUCCUAUUUGACUCCGGUAUCCGAACAGGGUCCGAUAUCAUCAAAGCCCUAUGUCUUGGGGCGAAAGCGGUGCUGGUGGGCAGACCAGUGAUCUAUGGUCUUGCUAUCGAUGGGAAGAACGGGGCUAAGUCAGUCCUCAGAAGCUUGCAGGCCGAUCUUUGGCAGAGCAUGUCCCUGGGUGGUAUAUGUACCGUCUCGGAGUGCACAAGGGAUAAGUUGAGAAAAGUGCAGUACGGUGGUGACACAAAAGCCAUGCUGUGA